UGCCUAGACAGAUGCAUGUUAAGACACGGAUGCUUCAAAUUAAGGUGUGUUGGGUAAGAAGUCACGUUUUUCCUUUCUGCUGACUGACGUUGGUUUCUUUCCUCUAAGGUCUGAGCGGGCGAUUCAUCAUAACUUCACUUCCUACAAUCUAUCACUGCAAAGAUGGCGUUUUUCGGAAGUACCAGGGAGCUCGUACUAAAGAUGAUUUCCUCAGCUUUGUGGAUGAACAGAAAUGGAAAUCCAUGGAGCCCGUCUCUUCAUGGUUCGGGCCAUCUUCAUUUCUGAUGAACUCCAUGUCUGCUUUGUUCAAGCUCUCCAUGUUCAUCAGACGUUGCCAUAACUACAUGACGGAGCAGCUGGGGAUUCCAGUUUGGGGUUCAUACGUCAUCUUUGGUUUGGUCACCUUGUUCGCUGGCCUGACGUUGGGUCUGUUGCUGGUCUUCAUCGCAGAUUACGUCUUUCCCUCUCGGAGAUUUUCUUCGCAUGAAUACUACCAGAAGAAACAGGCAAUGGAGCAGGCAAGGCUGAUCCAGCAUCAGGAUGAGGACCAGGAGGCUGACGGUGAAGAGGAUGAUGAUGAUGAUGAGGAGGAAGAGGAUGAAGACCAGGACGGGGACUGGAGAAAACUAAGAGGCUCUCCCGAAGGUCGACCAGAACCCAGAAGCCAGGGUUACUCUGAUGAGGCUCUGAGGAAGAGAGCGGUGGGCAGCAGGGAGGAGGAUGAAGAGGACAGCUAGAGAGCUAGCAGGGAGAUUCCCCAGCCUCUUUUCCUUUUCCUCAUUUGAUAAGAGCACAGUGGAGUCAGAAGAGCUGGAGGAGCUGUGGUCCUUAGCAGCAGUAUUAAGAAGAAGGGGUCCAAAAUCUUCCUUCUGACACGCCCCCUACACCCCCACUUCAACCUUAGAAACACCCUACUUUAACACCUUGUUUCAGACAGGAGCCCUUUACACUUCUACCUCCGCUCCCUCCACCUGAGCAGCAGGCUCCAACUGGAACAACAAAAAAACUUUCCUCACACGUGGAAGCAAGCCGCCAUGCCUGAGGUGUAGGUAUGAAGUGCAGCACAGCUGAUUUUUGAGAUGCUGUCUAUGCUAUGCAUUGUUUUUCAUAAAAAAAAAAUGUUUUUUGCUUUUAAUUGUGACAAGCUUUGGUCUGUGAACAUCACUUGUAUCAAACAGGUCAUUUUUUUCUGCACAUAAAACCCAAAAUCAGUCAAACUUCAGUUAAAAAGUUAAUUUAAAUCCUUAAAAUCCCAGCU